AUGGCUUCCAUGGCAUUUCGCUCCGUGCAGCCCGCACGCACCCUCCGCACAGCCAUGUCUGCCCCCGUCUCGGCCUUUGCCGGUCGCCAGUUGCAGCGCAACGUCUCCUUCUCCUCAUACCUGGUUACCCCUACCCAGCUCAACGAAGCGCUGAAGAAGAACCCUCCGACCAAGAUCUCGACCUCUCCCCGAGUGAUCCCACUGUGUGCGGCUUGGUUUAUGCCCAAUGAUCCCGAGGGUCGCAAAGGAAUUGACUCUUUCCGACAAUCUCGCAUCCCCCAAGCCCGCUUCUUCGACCUCGAUGGUGUCAAGGACAAUGACUCCCCUUACCCUCACAUGCUUCCCACCUGUGAGACAUUUGCUGAGGCCAUGAGCGAGUUGGGUAUUCGUCGCGAUGAUGAGGUGGUGGUCUACGACACCGCGGAGUUAGGGAUCUUCUCCGCUCCCCGCGUGGGCUGGACCCUGCGUGUCUUCGGCCACCCCAAUGUUCACAUCCUGAACAACUACCGUCUCUGGGUUCAGCAGGGUCUUCCGACUGAGAGCGGCGAGCCCGCACCGGUCGAGAAGAGCAAAUACCCUGUCCCUACCUACGACUCGAAGUUGGUGAUCUCCUUCCGCGAGAUGAAGGAGCUGGCCAUGGACUAUGGUAAGGAGGGCGCUGAGGAAGUAGAAAUCCUGGAUGCCCGCAGCUAUGGACGCUGGGCUGGCACCGACCCUGAACCGCGACCAGGUCUGUCAUCCGGCCACUUGCCGGGCUCUCGGAGCCUGCCGUUCAAUGAACUGCUCGACCCCGAAACGAAGACGUAUCUUCCUGCCGAGGACCUCCGGAAGGUCUUUGAGGGCCGCCAGGUGGAUCCCGACCAGUCAAUUAUCAGCUCUUGUGGCACGGGUGUCACAGCGUCGAUCAUUGAGACCGCGCUAGGCGAAGCGGAAUAUGGAGACCCGAACCUGCGUCGGGUCUAUGAUGGCAGUUGGACUGAAUGGGCUUCGCGUGUGAAGGAGUCCGAUGGGCUUAUCAAGAAGGUGAAGAAGGCGUAG